AAGCCCAAAAUUAUUAGAAGAAGAAGGGAGGGGAGGAAGACGAAAAAAGAGGCGGAGGUGGAGGCCGAAGGAUUCUCCUCUUCCCGCCACCGCCAUCGACACCACGACGUAUCGGCGUUCUUCGCCGCCCUCCUCCUCUGCGAUCCUUGGUGCUUCUGCGGCCGAUUUCCCUCCGAGCUAGGGCUUUCUACCGCCACAAUUCGUCUCCAAUUCCGUUGGUUUCUCAUCCUCCGCCCGCAAGUCCGCAAUGAGGAUCGGCCUGUCCUAGUCCACAGGCUUUUGAAGAAGGGCAGAUGGAUGAGAUUGGAAUCGUCCGGGGAGAUCCGAAUCCCGGAAUUGAUAAAAGGAUGGUCUCUCUCAGCCGAUGAGGACCGUCGGACUGACCGUUUUCUUCCUCCUCUUUGCUUGAACUCAAGAGCGAGACGCCAUGGAUGAGCCGAGCACGAGUUAUGAGGAUGAUCCCAGCUCCCGGCAGGCCGAGGCAUGGGCUUCUACUUCGUCAUCGCAGCCGCUUCCACUUUGGAGUCCUUGCAAAGCAAGGUUCCAGCCGUACACUGGCCUCCCGGAGAUCAGAACCCCUCAGAAAUCUGGCCGCCUUAGGGUGAUCGUCAAUAGACCGCUGGUGGUCAGGUUGACAAAGGAUAUCAUUGAGACAUAUCAGAUAUGUAACCCCAAAUUCAAGUGUUGCGAGUCCGUUUAUGUGAAGCGGUACCUCACAAAUCCAUCUGAACCAGUGCUCAAUGAUGGUUUUGACAAUGAAAACUCAGAUCUUGUAUUAUUUGUCAAUUUGGUCCUGGUGAAUCCCAGAAGCAGAGAAAGGUACGUGGUCAAAGAUAUGCUAGGCCAGGGAACUUUUGGACAAGUUGUGAAAUGCUGGCACUUGGAAACUAAUAGCUUUGUUGCUGUCAAGAUAAUAAAGAAUCAACCUGCCUACUAUCAUCAAGCACUUGUUGAAGUCUCCAUUUUGGCUACACUAAAUCAGAAGUUUGAUCCCGAUGAUAAGCAUCAUAUCGUCCGCAUGCUUGAUCACUUUUUGUACCAAAACCAUCUAUGCAUUUCAUUUGAAAUGCUUGGGGUUAAUUUAUUUGAACUCAUCAAGAUGAACCAGUUCAAAGGGAUGUCUACAAACCUUAUUCGUGUAUUUUCUAAACAGAUGUUGGAUGCGUUGAUUAUCAUGAAGCAUGCUAGUAUCAUACAUUGUGAUUUAAAGCCAGAAAAUAUUCUCCUCUGUCCAAGUGUCCAAUCAGCAGAGAUAAAGAUAAUUGACUUUGGAUCUGCCUGCAUGGAGACACGAACAGUCUAUUCUUACAUUCAGAGUCGUUAUUACAGAUCUCCAGAAGUUCUUCUUGGCUAUCCAUAUACCACUGCCAUUGAUAUGUGGUCUGUUGGUUGUAUAGUAGCUGAGUUAUUUCUAGGGUUCCCUUUAUUUCCAGGUGCAUCAGAAUUUGAUCUUAUCCGUCGAAUGAGAGAAACACUUGGUGGACAACCACCAGAUUAUAUGUUAAGAGAUGCGAAAAAUGCAAAUAAAUUCUUCAAGCAUGUCGGUAGCAUCCACUGCUUGGAUGCUGAUGAAUCCAGUAAAGGGAACCAGAGUGCUUAUCAGUUUUUAACCGAAGAAGAGUAUGAAGCAAGAGAAUUAAAGAAACCUGUAAUUGGGAAGCACUACUUCAAUUAUGUGAAGCUUGAAGAUAUCAUCAUGAAUUACCCUCAUAGGAAGAAUCUUUCAGAUGCAGAGAUAUCUCAAGAAAAUAGAAGUCGAGUAGCUCUAGUUGAUUUUUUGAGAGGUCUCAUUCGUUUUGAUCCAUUGAACCGAUGGACUCCAUCUCAGGCUUUGCUCCACCCUUUCAUUACCAACGAACCAUUGCUACGCCCAUAUGAACCGCCUGCGGAGUCGCCUUUCAUUCCUGUUUGUCAGCCUCUGACAGUGAACCAUAAUCCUGGAUCAGGGCAUUGGUACGUUGCUGGUCUCUCUCCUCAGGUCAUAAGCAUGAAUAGGGGAGUGCCAACACAGGCAAACUCCUACAUGCAAAUCAUUCCUUUUUCCUAUGCCAGUAGCUAUGGAAGCAUUGGAAGCUAUGGCAGCUAUAAUGAUGGUGGUACUGGACUUGGAAGCAGUUUUGAAGGUUAUGCAGAUGGCAGUUUUCACUCUUAUUAUUCAAAUGUUGGUCCAUCAGGAUUGAACAUCCAGGCACAUGGAGGGGGCACAACACUUGGGACUAGCCCAGAUGGCUGGUGGAGAGGACCUCAUGUUUCUCAUGUAAAUGGCUUAGGUGUUAGUCCAUCUUGUGGCAAUAUGCGAACCAUGUCCCUGGGAACUAGUCCUUCGCAGUUUACUCCUCCAAGCUCCCAGGUUCAUAUAUCAGCUGGUUCUCCUGGCAUGCAUUGCCCUACUUCUCCAGCAAGGAGUGGAGUUCAUGGAUCACCUUUGGGAAAGGCAGCUGCUGUUUGUCAAUACAACAGAAGGAGAAGUUUAGGCCAACCUGGAAUGAUGUCCAUGUCACCUCAGGAGCACACAUCAUCUCAACAAUGGUUGGGGCAUCAUAAUGAUGGUGAAGGAAAACCUCGAGGGCAUAUGGGCUCUCCCUAUGGUCUGCAUUUAUCAUCCAGCCAUCCAAGCUGGCCACACCAAAGGGCAAGUGGUGUUCCUCUUUGUGCAUCAACUUCGUCCAGCCAUCAAACUUUGGCUCCUUCUGCACCCUAUUUGCAUGGCAUUGCUUCUUCCGUGGAGGCUGCAUCUGAUAAACCUGAAUGCAGCUCAUCAAUACCUAAUCCGGGAGAUUGGGAUCCCAAUUACAGCGAUGAUCUUCUCUUACAAGAUGAUAAUCCUGAUAUGAGCUCUUUAUGUUCUGGAGUCGCCACUGGCAUGCGUAUUAACCAUGUAACUGGUUCUGCAAAUACAACUAUUGGAAUUGGCAGAUCUAAUCGUGGUGGCAACCAGGCACAACCAUCCUUCAAUUACAAUUUGGCUAAUCAUAGACAAAGUGGCCCAUCCCAAUAUGCACGUAUGGAUGAGACAACCUCAUCAGCCCGUGAUGUGCAUUGUGGCUAUGGUCGCCCUAUGUCGAAGCCAUCGCAUCUUACAUCUCAUCCAGCCUCACAGCACUCUCCUAGCCGUCUAGGGCAGCAAUCUCUUCUGCGGUCUAAUAAUCCCUUGCAGAUGGCAUAUAUUCAAGAGGAAAGAAUGCAUUCAAAGGGUCCUUCCUACUGGAAUGUUGGCCCUCGUUCUCCUGGAAAAAGCCUGUUCGCCGGUGACAGUUCCUGGGGACAAAGGGCUGGCCAUUCCAUGGUGACGAUUCCACCACAUCCUCAAGGGGCCAAAGAAUCUGCAAGGAUUUGAUGAUACAUAAAGCUCGUGCACUUUUGUGGAAAAAUUUGUUCCUUGGCAAGAAUAUAUUGUACCUGGAUCUUUCUGUCGUGGCCUGUCCUGCCUCAGGAAAUAUUCAUCUCUCUCAAUGUUAAAGCAUUAUCAUCAUCAAUAUAAUGCUACAAUUAUGGCACAGACUUGUCCUUCUGUGUUUGUCAAUUUCUUCAAACACUGCUUUGCUUGUGAUGUUGGGCUCUUUCCAUAUCUCUUCAUUGGAUGAAUAGGUGUGUUAUGUUAGUGUGCUUAUGCUCAGCAAGGUUCUCUAAUGUCUUGCCAAGCCUUUUCCGUGCAGAUACUUCACAAUCAAGGGAACAUUAGUGCUCAGUAUGUUCAUCCACGGAAACCAGAAGCCCUGGCGGUUGAGCAGAUUUGUUUCGAGAGGCAAGGAUCUUGCAUGAUUGCGCACUUCCGUUCACUUCCUCCAGGAGGCCUAUACAUGAACUGGAUUUUGAUAAAUGCUGUCGAGCAGAAUGAUGCUGAAUCAGUGGUCGAGGAGAUCUUCUUUCCUUUUGUUAAUCAGUGGACGGGUUAACACCUUUGGAUGUGUGAGGAAGCCGGAUUACAAAUCUAAACAUUACAGGAAGUUAUCUGAAAGAUGCAGGUAUGGCGGCCUCCAAAGCAGAGGUCUUUUUUCUGGAAUUCUUGGUCCCCUAGCGUAUGGGACGAAAUAUGUGGCUUCUCUAUUUCGGCUUUUGGCUCUUUGCUGCGUCCAAAUAGUACAAGAUAUGUAAUAUAACACCCAUAUAACAUUUGCCUUGUAUAAGAAACUUGGAAUGACAUUGAAGCUUGUAUUUGAGGUCACCAUUAUCAACGUGAUCCGACCUUUAUCAAGUGAAAUGAAAUGUGGUGUUCACAAUUGGUGUAA